AUGUCGCAAGUCAAUGCCCUCGAAGCCUGCACCAAUGGCGAUAUCUCUGCAUUAACAACCCUCUUAUCAGACUCUUCCAUUACCAUAACCGACGAUUUUUUAUCCAACAUGCUCCACAACGCGGCGAUCAAUGGGAGGGACAAGAUCGUUCAACAUCUCCUCAAUUCAUACAGGCCAAACCACCUCGACGACAAAGUCUUUCGCGCAGCAGCAGCUAGCGACUCCAUAGAAACAUUCGAACUCAUCUAUAACAAGAAUCCAGCCUGUAUAGCCGAAUUCUACGAGCGAUACGGAACACUUCUUUCAAUCGCCCUUUGCGCAGCGGUGUCGAAGGAGUUUAUCAGAUAUCUGCUGUCAUUGGGAGCUGAUCCGAAUGCAACAUCCGCCGAUACAAUCACUCCUCUCGCAUAUGCAGCCUUCCAGUAUAAUUCCCCAGAAAUGGUCGAAUUCCUGCUUCAGCACGGCGCGCAAGUCAACGGAUCGUCAGCCUUAGCGGCUGCAGCUCAAAAAGGAUACCUCGCCACUGCAAAAUAUCUGCUAGAUCAUGGGGCAGACGUAAACGACCCCGGUAACUGGACGCAACCCUCAUUCCCGUUACACAUCGCAGUCAAGUAUGAUCACAAGGAGAUGGUCAAGUUUUUGUUAAGCAGCGGGGCAGACCUUGGAUUGCUCGAUGGAUCUGGGCAAACGCCCCUUGAUAUUGCACGGGAGGGAAAUAACACACAAAUUAUCAGCAUUUUGGAGGAAGGGAUAAAGCCAGUCUAG